CAACUCUGUUUGUCAGUCUUCUUUAUGUUCUCUCGACAGAACUUCUCUGGCUUAUUUUUUCUUUAUCACAGGUCGCAGCUGUGAAUCAAAUUGUAAAUAAAUGCCUUCAUAGCUUUAAACGGAGUUAAUCAAUUGAAUCUCGAAAUGGACAUUCAAAAUGCGUUAAAUACGCCACAAUUACGUGUUAAACUCAUCGCCCUUAUUCAUUUCACCCUCAUUGCGUUUGCCCUGCAAAGUCAUUGGUUGCCAUCGGCAUACUUAUUCUACAACCAAAUUUUUAUUAUUGUACUGUUUUGGUCAAUUCAUUGCCGGGAGUCAAUCGAUGCGGUGUUUAUUGCAUCGGCUAUCAACGCUACAAGUUUUGUAUUCGAUCUGAUUGCAAUAAUCGCUUACUUCCCAAGCAAUGGGGGAAUUUUCUCAGUAGUUUUUGCCAUUUUUAACAUGGCAAUAAGGCCAUUUUCUUUGUUAUUACUGCACAGAGAACUCAUCGAUCGCGGUGGCACUAUCAAUUUUGCAACUGGACGGUCUAGUGAAAAUCCUGCCAGUUAUGAGGACAUCGACCGACCGCAUCAGCCGUUUUCACCAAAUGUAUAAUAUGGAGUUUGUAUCUCGUUAUAAUCUAUUAAUAUAAAAGAAUGUACCAGAAAAUAACUAAA